AUGGAAUCUUUCACGAUCCUUGGACGAGUUGGAGAGGGUGCUCAUGGUGUAGUUUUCAAGGCGAAGCACGUUCAGGUGAGAGGAAACGGAGAAGUUGUUGCUUUAAAAAAAAUUCAUUUAAAGAAAAUAGAUGAUGGUAUCCCAAACAACAUUUUAAGGGAAAUUAAAACUCUGCAAGCAAUUACAGAACACGAAAACAUUGUUCGGCUUUUCGAUGUUUUCCCGGACGGCAGUAGCCUCGUACUCGCCUUCGAAUACAUGGUUACAGAUUUGUCUGAAAUACUACGAAGCUCGCAGAAUACGUUACCAGAAGUAAGUAGCUACUACAUGAUCAUGCUAUUGAGAGGAAUCUCAUUUUGCCACGAAAAUCAUAUCAUUCAUCGGGACCUUAAACCGGCCAACUUACUUAUUAGUUCUUCUGGUCAAUUGAAGCUUGCUGACUUUGGUCUAGCUAGGGUUAUGUCUGUAGAAAAUGAAAGGCUCUACAGCCACCAAGUCGCAACGAGAUGGUAUAGGGCACCUGAACUUUUAUAUGGCAGCAGAACUUAUGAUGAAGGAGUUGAUCUAUGGUAUUUAGGAUGCAUAUUUGCAGAACUCAUUAAUAAAUCCCCAUUAUUUCCGGGGGAUAGUGACAUAAAGCAGCUGGGAUGUGUACUUAGUAUAUUGGGUACACCAACAACGAGCACUUGGCCGGGAUUAAUUGAGCUUCCAGAUUAUAACAAAAUUACAUUUUCUGGUUUUCUUCCUAUACCAUUUGAAAGUAUCGUUCCUGAUGCUACUUCAGAAGUAGGAAAAAUUAAAUAA